GUUCUUGACGUAAUAGAUAUUGAAAGAGAAAUUCUUGUUUCCUGUUACCUAACUUGAACAAUCAUAAGAUAUGUAUCUACACUGCGUCUAACGGCAUGCGAUUACUUAUCGAAUUUUAAAGACAGGUGAUUUUUCAAAAUCCCUGACGUAUUGACAUUUGUUUGACGUGGACGUGUAUUGUGACAGGAAGACCGCGAGGAAGGGUUAUGUUGUGUUUGCCUUCCAAGUUGCCUUCGAAAACUGAAGCACAGCAAUUGAUGUCGCGGAUGAUCAAAGUCUAUAAAUGAAUAUUCCUGUAGUGUAGUACUUAUUUAAAAUAUUCUGCUUAGUCACAAAUUAUUACUUUAUUCGGACGGGCUGUGUUGAAGUGAAGUAAAAGUGAUGGCACCGAAUUAUAGCAAAUUAAUGAACAAAAAUAAUGUUCUUGCUGGGGCAGGAGCACUAGUCGCUAUCUGGUAUAUUGCAUUAAACAGGAGCAAGAAUGUUAAACAUCUAGACAGAAGGAAAAUAAAGAAGACUGUAGAAGAGGAAGUGAAGUACAUGAUAUCAGAUAAAAGUGAAAACAAAACAAAAGCAACAGUAGAUAGGAAAUUUUUCAUUGAACUGAAGCAAUUAUUAAAUAUUGCAGUACCAGGAUGGUCAAGUCCAGAAUGUGGGCUAUUUUUUCUUAUUGCUUUAAGUCUAGUGUCAAGAUCAAUGUGCGAUCUGUGGUUGAUAGACAAGGGAACAAAAAUAGAAAGUUCAAUCAUCUCUAUGGACAAACAACUGUUCAAGAAGAGACUGCUGAACUUCCUGUUAGCCAUCCCCGUGAUAUCGGUGGUCAACAACGUUCUGAAAUACUCGAUCGGCGCACUGAAGAUCCAACUAAGAACCAACAUGACCAGGAAACUGUACGACGAGUACCUGAAGAACUUCACUUAUUACAGAAUGUCCAACUUGGACAACCGGAUACAGAACGCCGAUCAGUUGUUGACCACGGACAUCGAUAAGUUCUGCGAAGGUGUGACAGAUCUGUAUUGUAACACUGCCAAGCCAAUGCUGGAUAUUGGUAUUUACGUGUACAAAUUGUCGACGAGUAUGGGGGGAGGAACUCCAUUAUUGAUGUUAGGUUAUAUGGUAGUAUCUGGGAUCAUAUUGACAAAUCUUCGAAAGCCCACAGCCCGGCUUACCGCAGAAGAACAAAAAUUAGAAGGUGAAUUCCGACACAUAAACUCUAGACUAAUUACACAUUCGGAAGAAGUGGCAUUCUACAACGGAAACACGAGAGAAAAAGCUACUUUGUUGGCCAGUUAUAACAAACUUCUGAACCAUUUGAAGAAGUUCCUGAGAUUCAGGGUUUUCAUGGGUAUAAUAGAUAACUUAGUGACCAAAUACUUUGCUAGUGUUGUAGGUUUUUGGGCUGUCUCUUUGCCGUUCCUGUCUGAAAAUCAUGGAUUCUCCAAGAGUUCGAAUAACGAACGAUCCCGUCUGUACUACACAUACGGCAGAAUGCUGAUAAAACUGGCGGAAGCCAUUGGUAGAGUGGUCCUCGCAGGUCGAGACCUAUCCAAGCUGGCAGGAUUCACCGCCAGAGUAACUCAAUUACGGACAGUUCUAGCCGAGCUGAACGAAGGCAAAUACCAAAGGACCAUGGUCGCUGGAGCUGAAGACUUGAGGUCUAACGGAGGAAAACUAAUCUUCAAGAACAAUGUGAUCAAGUUUGAUAAUGUACCGUUGAUCACUCCGAAUGGUGAUGUACUCAUACCUGAACUGACAUUUGAAAUAAAAUCAGGGAUGAAUGUGUUGGUAUGUGGGCCAAAUGGAGCUGGAAAGUCAUCCUUGUUUAGGAUAUUGGGAGAGUUGUGGCCCCUGUUUGGAGGGGAAUUGACCAAACCGCCGAGGGGGAAACUGUUUUAUAUACCACAGAGACCUUACAUGACGCUAGGCAGCCUUCGCGAUCAACUAACUUACCCCCACUCCGGCUCAGAAGCGACGCGUCGUGGCGCCACCGACGACAAACUUAAAGAAUACCUGCGUCGCGUUCAGCUGGAGUACAUCCUAGACAGGGAAGGUGGCCUAGACGCCAUCGCCGAUUGGCUAGACGUACUGAGUGGUGGGGAGAAACAGCGAAUAGCGAUGGCCAGGCUGUUCUACCAUCAGCCCCAGUUUGCAAUUUUGGAUGAGUGCACCAGUGCUGUUUCGGUGGAUGUUGAGGGCAGCAUGUACAGGUACUGUAGAGACGUUGGCAUUACUCUACUGACAGUAUCCCAUAGGAAAUCCUUGUGGCAACAUCACGAGUAUGUGCUUCAUCUAGAUGGCAGGGGAGAUUACACCUUCAAACCAAUGGAAGAAUGCACAGAGCAAUUUGGAUCGUGAUUUCGUCCUAAGUGCAAAAUAGGUUAUUUGAUUUUUCCUUUUCCUUCUAUUGUGGUUACCGCUUUUAUCAUGCUGAAUCGUCGUGUAGGAUCUUUAGGUCAUAUCCCAAGCAAUGCCAGUCAUGGAUUGGGUUAACGAUAAGUCAUUGCUUCAUCACUUCGUACAAUAAAUUCACUUUUGGCAAUUUAAAAAACAGUACAGUGUUUUGAUACAGUCGUUGCGCGAACAAGAAUCUCAUAAAAUUUACUACAUAUUAUGAAGAUCAUGAAUAUACAUGGCGUCCGAAUUUAAUCUCUGUCCGUAGAUAUUUCGAAAACCACGCAUUCUAGAAAAAACGUUUCAAACAAAAGCUGUAGGGUUUUGAUGGGGCAAAAUGAUGGCGCCUCUUGCAACAACCUUGAUUAGACACUCAAGGUCCUUUCAACAUCGGGUGAAUUUUCUCAAACAUAACCCUUUUUCACAUGGGAAUUGAAAAGAAGAGCAAAUUUUACGUCCGACCAUCGCCUUGACCUUGACAUCGCCUUUAAGGUCAAAACAAGACAUCGAAAACAAUUUGCCGUAGAAAAAAUGUUGGACAGCACGGUUAAAUGGUUAGUGCGGGUCACCUAAAUGUGACCUUAACCACAAGCUCCAGGUCAAAAUUUCCUCUCAUUUUUACACUAGAAAUGAAGAAAGCAGUAAAUAUUUUACGUCCGAAUGAAACCUUGGCCUCAAAUACAUUUAACCUUGACACGACCAAUGCUUUUUCCAUUUCCAGUGUAAACAUCUUUGAUUUGAAUUUGAAGGUCAUGUUCAGGGUCAUGGUCGAGGCGACCUUUGGAUGAUAUCCACAAAGCUCACAACCGUGCUGUCAAACAUCUUUGCUAGAACAAACUGUUUUCAAUGUCUUGAUUGGUCUAUUCUGAUGUGAACAAUGGGGGUUAUAUUUAAAAAUAUACGCUUGACCUUGGAAUUACCUUGAAGGUCGUAGUAAAGGUCAUUGUCAAGGUCACCACUAUGUUGCCCUUUUGAAACCCUACAACUUGAUUGAUUUUUUUAAUGCGCGGUUUCCGUGAUAUUAAUGUGGGAAUAUUAAAAUGGGACACCAGGUAUAACAUGAAAUUACCUCAGUUCUGUUCACUAUAAAACUAUUUGCUACUCGUCUGCUUGAUUUUAACCGGUCUCGAAAAAAUAAGGGAUUUCAUUCAUAGUUUUUGCAUUGCAAUUCUGUUAACAAAAACCCAUUGUUACUUACAAAUGGGAAGAUCAUCCGUGGCCCAUAUAAUCUAAAAUAAAAUAAAUAGAAAAUGACAUUUUUGUGCAAUAAAAUCUCGAAACACAAUGUCUCGUCCAAAAUAAGAGAACCAGAAAUAGCUUCAAUUACUAGUAACAAAAAGAAAAUACAUUUUGGGCGAACAUAUCAAAUGGAUUGAGAAUUUCUUACAACCCUUAACUAGCAAUGUAUUAUAGCGGACUUAACAAACAUUUUUAGCAGUUUUUUACUUCCUCGCCCCGUCUUCCACCACGUAUUGAGAUAUAAUUGAAACUUGUCCACAGAAUGAUGAUCGGACUGAAUCUUCCUUAAAACCAUUUUUCGCUUAUUAGUUUAUUAUUAUUUUCAUAUUUAUAAUGUAGAACUGUUUUAUUUGUGAAAAAAAUUUGACUAUAUUCGUAUGUUGGAUAAUGAUUCGUGGUCUUCCUACUUUACUAUUUUGUGAUACUGCAUUCGUUGCUUCUUGUUUAUUUAUUUAAGUAUCGGAGGUCAUACAGCGAGCGAUAAUUGUUUUUUAGGUGGUGCUUAGCCUUGUAUAUUUUUACUAAUAUGUAACUGGCUAGCACUCUAUUACGAAAGAAUAAUGUAAAAAAUAUAUUUUUUUGAGAUGUAUGUAUAUGUAAUUAAGAAAUUGUUUUUAUCUACUAGAAGGUAGGCGAUGAUUAUAAUUAUAUCUGUAUAUGUACCAUAAUAGAUCAAUGUGAUGGUUUUUUAAAAUAUAUUGAGAAGAUAA